CAAAACGUGGUUGCCCAGAAAACUACGAAAUCAUAAAUAUGUAAUUAAAUUGAGAAAAAAAAAUACAUUUUGAGGUUAUUUUUCAACAAAAGUAAAGCAAGGAAAAUAUUAGCUCAAGUCAAAUAAGCUUGUUAAUUCUAAUGUGUAAAAAGGAAGUGUUCUGAUAACAAUGGAUAUUGUAAAUGAGAUAUUAGAAAGGGAACAAAAGAAAGCAGAUAAAUAUAAACCAAUAACGGUCGAAAAACAUUUGGAAUUAGAAUUCGACCUAGGUUCACUAUUGGCCUCUGACACAAACGAUUUGGACAUAAAAACGCUGAAGACAAACAAAGAUUCAUAUUUACUUGCAUUGACCCGUGACAAUGCUCAGCUACUACUGAAUAAAGUAUGGGAGCUUCCCACUGAAAGAAUCGAAGAGGCCAUAGUAGUUCGAUUGCCACAACCUACGACAAUCCUACCCCGAGCCAAGCCAGUGCCUGUACCUAAGCCAUUAACUAAAUGGCAAGAGUUCGCAAAAGCCAAGGGUAUUAAUAAGAAAAAGAAAGACAAACUUCAAUGGGAUGAACAGCUGCAGAAAUGGGUUCCUUUAUAUGGUUUCAAGAAAACUGCAGCUGAAAAAGAGAAGAACUGGCUUAUAGAAGUCCCACAGAAUUUAGAUCCUAUGACAGAUAUGUAUGAAAAGAAAGCCGGUGAAAAAUCAGAAAAGGUUGCAAAGAAUGAAUUACAGAGACUUAAGAAUCUCGCUAGAGCCAAAAAGGUUAAAAUACCAAGGGUGGGGCUUCCUGUCACUUCAGAUAAAGCUUCUGCGACACAGUUAUCCACAGCAGCAAGUGUAGCAAAAGCAUCAACGGCUUCUCUUGGAAAAUUCCAAGAUAAAUUACCCAAAGAGAAAGAAGCACGCGGUAAAGGUGUACAUGAGCUAAUCCCAGGCAAGGAGAGGAAACGUAAAGCACCUAUACCAACACCAGCAGCAGAAAAAGAAUACAACCUGAAUCUACUUGAUAAUAUACUGAGUAAGAGGCCAAAAAUUGAUAUGGAUAAAGCUGUAGCGAAAAGUAUAAAUGAAGAGGAAGUCAAGAGAUCACAUGAAAAGAAAAAUAUGAAACCCGGCUUAGGAAAACGUAAAACUCAAGGUAAAGGCAAUGCAACAAAUUUCUCAGCCAAGAAACCUAAAGCAGGAAAGGGAAAAAGGGCACCAAAUAAGAAAUCUACUGGACGGAAAAGGAGAUAGAACUAUGAUAUAAGCCUUACAGAAUGUAUUACUAAUAAAAACAAAAAUACUGCCACUUG